AUGUCGAGCCUGCUAACCUUGAAUCCGUUCAUGGACCCAAGAGGCGUAGUGAGAGUGGGAGGUCGACUAAAUCAUGCCAACAUCCCAGAAUGCACGCGCCACCCAAUCAUCCUGAAGGAAGAUCACGUCUUCACUCUGUUGGUGGUGAAACAUUGCCCUUCGGUUGUCAAUCACGCCGGCGUUGAAAGAACUCUAGCUGAAGUGCGAUCACGAUACUGGAUUUUAAAAGGAAGACGGACCAUCCGCGGAGUAGUUAAAAGAUGUGUCAUUCGCCGCAAAGCGAGGGCCAAACCAAAACAACCGAUGAUGGCAGCGUUGCCAAAAGAGAGACUCGAAGCCUUUUCGCCCCCUUUUACAAACGUCGGCGUUGAUUUCUUCGGUCCGAUGUACGUCGUGGUGGGUCGGAGAAGGGAGAAAAGGUAUGGUUGUCUAUUCACCUGCUUUGUAACCAGAGCCGUCUACCUGGAAAUCGCGCUGGCCUUUCGUCGCUUUAUUGCCAUCAGAGGCACGCCAGCAGUAGUUUUCAGUGACAAUGGAACAAAUUUAGUAGCCGGUGAGCGUGAAAUGCAAGCCGGGAUGGACAAUCUGACGCGGAAGGCAGCCAAAUGUCCAAAGGAAGAAAAGGAUUGCAAUCUCGACCACAAGAAGAUAUCCGAAGAAACGGCUAGAAGACGAUUAGUUUGGCGUUUUUCCCCUCCAUCAGGCCCCCACUUCGGAGGCGGGUGGGAGAGAAUUGUACAAUCAAGCAAAAGGGCACUACGAGUCGUACUACAAGACAGGGCAGUAUGCGACGAGGUUCUCCUAACCACCUUCGCCGAAGUGACGUCAAUACUAAAUGGGAAACUUUUAAGCAAAGUGAGCACGGACGCGGACGAGCUCGAGCCGUUAACACCAAACCACUUCUUGCUACUCCGGCCGCAUCCGCAUAUACCACCCGAUGAGGAGAAAGCAUUCACUGGGCAUUCUAGGAGACGGUGGAAACAGGCGCAGUUUAUUGUGUACCAAUUCUGGAGAAGAUGGAUCACUGAAUGUAUCCCGAACGGAAUCGAGAGGAAGAAAUGGUUCAAGGAGACUCGCCAACUUCAAUUGGGUGAUCAGGUUUUAAUCAUUGAUGAAAACACCCGACGUGGUGACUGGAUAUCUGGGGUUGUUACUAAAGUUAACAUCGGAGACGGGAAAAUUGUUCGCUCGGCCACCGUUACCACAAAAAACGGAACUUACACUCGCCCAGCAGUGUAA